AUCCGCCCACCCAUCCGCAUCGCAUCGCCGUCUCGCCCUCCCCCUGUCUGGCUCGCAGCACCAAGGCACACGAGCGAGGCCGAGACCCCUUUCUCCGCAAACGACAUAAGACCCGCAGUCUCCCGCAACAGCCAGCACCUCAGUCCACAAUUGAAUCUCUGCAUCAGCCAUGGCGUCACUCUUUGGUCUUGGCUCAACGGCCGAUGUUGACAUUAUCCUGACAGACGAAGAUCAGCGCAAGCAGAUCGAGGUCAAGGUCGAGAAGGAUCGAAAAUCGAGAUUCCCACUCUACUUUGACGGCGAAUCGAUUUCGGGCAAGGUCCAGGUCCGUUUGAAAGACGGCAAGAAGCUGGAGCACCAGGGCAUCAAGAUUGAACUGAUCGGCCAUAUCGAACUGUUUUACGACCGCGGCAACCACUCCGAGUUCACCUCGCUAUCCCAGGAACUGGCCUCCCCCGGCGAGCUGCGCCAGCCCGCUGUCUUUGACUUUGAGUUCAAGAAUGUCGAGAAGCAGUACGAGAGCUACUUUGGCGUCAACGUCAAGUUAAGAUACUUUGUCCGGGUUACCGUCGGCCGACGUCUUUCGGACAUUGUCAAGGAGAAGGACAUCUGGGUGUACUCGUAUCGCAUGCCGCCUGAUGUCAACAACUCGAUCAAGAUGGAGGUCGGCAUCGAGGAUUGCCUGCAUAUCGAGUUUGAGUACAACAAAUCCAAAUAUCAUCUGCGUGAUGUCAUUGUCGGUAAGAUCUACUUCCUAUUGGUGCGCAUCAAAAUCAAGAUGAUGGAGCUCUCGAUCAUCCGGCGCGAAAGCACCGGUUCUGGAGCAAAUCAGUACAAUGAGAACGAAGUCAUUACCAAGUUUGAAAUCAUGGACGGCGCUCCUGUUCGAGGCGAGACGAUUCCCAUCCGGCUGUUUUUGAGCGGUUUCGAGUUGACGCCAACAUACCGCGACGUCAACAAGAAGUUCUCGACCCGAUACUACCUGAACCUCGUGCUCAUCGAUGAGGAGAAUCGCCGCUACUUCAAACAGCAAGAGAUAACGGUGUAUCGUGCAAAGGAGGACUCGGAGGAAUACGUCCCGGACGAGAACGACUUGGGAGCCCUCGGUGCCGGACUGCACGCCAGCUCGUGAAGCAGGCCAAGUGAAUUACCGCUUCCACCGACCCCCAACCAAACCCGCGGGUGCGCCGCUUUUUGUUUGCUUGUCUUCGUUUUGAAAUGCAGCCACUCAAUCCGCUGCACGGACUGGCAGGCCAACAACCGUCGUCGAGAGGGACCGCGAGAGAGACCACCU